AUGGCUACCCCAGCACCGGCAAACGGGCAAUUUCAAAUCCAAACCACUGGUCAGAGAUCACCAGUGGCAACGAGGAUUGCAAAUUUUCUUUUCAAAAACUCCAUUUUGAAACAAAGGACAGGAUUACUAGAUAACACAAAUGACUUAGAUUUCUUCAAAUACAAACGUUUUGAAAGGGCAUUGCUCAGCGACGAUUACAAGUCUAGACAGCAAAAUCCCAAGAAUGGAUUGCCACCUAUUUCCAAUGCCCAAGAAGUGCAAAGAAUCUUUAUACUAUUGAUUCAAAAUCAAUUGAUUUUACCUGUAACGAAAUUACACUAUGCCGAAGUGAAGGCAAUUAAGGGAUGGAAACCAAAUAGAGAAAAGCCCACAUUGAAGAAAGCAGAAAAAGCAGUGAUUGACCCAAACUCAUAUUUUGGAUGGCUUUAUACUAAACCCAACCCAUUUAUCCUAUUAUAUAGUAUCUUGGCCAUUGCGGGUGUUUUUGCCGUGAUAUUGUUCCCACUUUGGCCAACAUUCAUGAGAAGAGGUGUGUGGUAUUUGUCUAUGGGUGCAUUGGGUCUUAUUGGAUUAUUUUUUGCCACGGCGAUUGUUAGGUUAAUCAUAUAUAUUAUAUCGCUUGUAGCGUUCCCCAAGCCGUUCUGGUUGUUUCCAAACUUGUUUGAAGAUUGUGGGGUUAUUGAAAGUUUCAAGCCAUUAUAUGGAUGGGAAGAGCCCAAGCAAAAGAAGAGAAAGGGAAAAAAGACCAAAAAGAAUAAGAAAACAGAUGCCGAAGGAGCAGGAGCAGGGGCAGGGGCAGGUGCUGGAGAGGACGAAAAGAUUGAGCACGUGUUGACAAAGAAAGAAAAAGAAGCGGCUACUGGAGUUGAGACUGCAGCUAAUGGAAAUGUUAACAGAAGAAAAGUCACAGUUGAAGAAGUAGCAGAGUAA